AUGCUUUCUGCUCAGGCCGAGAGGAAGGGCGCCGAGGACAUCGCCAUUGGAGACGACGAGAAGCAUGAGGUCUUCAAGAAAACGGUGGAUGGUGUCCGGUUUCGUACUGUCAAAUGGCCAGUGGCGGCCAUCAUCUUCCUGAAACUCAUGUUCGCCCCUGGUGUCCUCAGCAUCCCGGGUGCAAUGUACAAUCUUGGAGCACUUGGUGGAGCUUUAUCAGUCAUAGGAUGGGGCGCCCUCAACACUUAUACUGCCUCAAAUCUGGGCGAUUUCAGAUCCAAGCACGCUCAAUGCCACACCGUCAUUGACAUGGCCAACCUUGUCGGUGGCGUCUGGCUCAAAGAGCUGGUUGGUUUCCUGUACCUCGUUAGCUUCGUUCUCGUCAGCGGUUCGGGCAUUCUUGGAGUCUCCAUCGCAAUUAACGCUCUUUCGGAUCAUGGUGCUUGCACGGUCUGGUGGUCAUUCCUGGCGACCAUCGUGGUGAUCAUCCUAGCACGCAUUAGGACAUUCCAGAAGAUUGGCUGGAUCACCUGGGCAGGCUUCGCCUCGAUUUUUAUCGCCGUCUUGAUCGUUGUGAUUGGCGUGACAACCAUAGAUCGGCCUGCCAGUGGCCCUCAGACCGGUGAUUUUGACUUGGGUUACCAUGUCAUCGGACAUCCAGGUUUCAUCGCUGGCAUGACGGCCUCCGCCACCAUCUUCGUGUCCUCAUCGGAAACCUCCUCAUUCAUGCCCGUGAUUGCCGAGAUGAAGAACCCAACGGAUUACAAGAAAGCCUUUUUCACCUGCAUGGCAGUCCUCAAUGCCGCGUACCUCGCCUUCAGCCUCGUGGUUUAUCGUUGGUGUGGACAAUGGGUCGCGAAUCCCUCACUUGGUAGUGCAGAGCCUGUCGUGAAGAAGGUGGCCUAUGGAGUUGGCCUUGUCGGUCUGGCAGUCAGCGGCUGCUUGUAUCUUCACGUAGCAGCCAAGUAUUUGUUCGUUCGCAUGCUCCGCAACACUGCACGCCUCCAAGCCAACACGCUGACUCAUUGGGCCACAAGGCUCGGUUGCACAGUUGGCCUCGGUGCCAUUGCGUUCAUCCUUGCCUCAGCCAUUCCCAUCUUCAACUACCUUCUCGCGCUAACGGGCUCGAUAUGUUUUUCACCCUUGGCUAUCAUUCUACCCAACUGGUUUUGGGUGCACGACCACUCCCAAUACCUUCGCGGCUCGUUUAAUCAGAAGGCGGUAUUUACCUUUCACACCCUGUUGAUGUUGACUGGAAGCUUCCUGUAG